AUGUCUAAUCACAAGAGCACAGAGUCUGCCAUUAAGAACCUGGAGAUUCAAGUAGGACAGCUAGCCAAGCAAUUAGCUGAGAAUUCUUUUGGAAGUUUCGGAGCCAAUACUAAGAAAAAUCCUAAUGAAAAAUGCAAAGUUGUCAUGACUAGAGGCAAGAAGGCAACCAUGGUGGAAGAUGAAAUGAGGAAUGGUGAUGAGCAAGAGAAAGACAAGGAACAACACUUUGCUCGUUUUCUUGAUAUCUUCAAGAAAUUUGAGAUAACUAUCCCUUUUGGAGAAGCCUUACAACAGAUGCCACUCUACUAUAAGUUUCUGAAGGAUAUGCUGACCAGGAAGAGCAAAUACAUCCAUAAUGAUAAUAUUGUAGUGGAAGGAAACUGCAGUGCUGUUAUCCAAAGAAUCCUUCCACCCAAAUAUAAGGAUCCAGGGAGUGUUACAAUCCUUUACUCUAUUGGUCCGAUGUCAGUCGGUAAAGCCCUCAUUGACUUAGGGGCAAGUAUAAAUUUGAUGUCUCUCUCCAUAUGCAAAAGAAUUGGAAAGUUGGAAAUUAUGCCAACAAGAAUGACAUUGCAGCUGGCAGAUCGCUCCAUUACAAGGCCUUAUGGCGUGAUUGAAGAUAUUUUGGUCAAGGUGCGGCAAUUUACCUUCCCUGCGGACUUUGUUGUCAUGGAUAUUGAGGAGGAUGUUGAAAUCCCUCUGAUUUUGGGUUGUCCCUUCAUGCUAACCGCCAAUUGUGUGGUGGAUAUGGGGAAAGGUAACUUGGAAAUGGGUAUAGAUGAUCAGAAGAUCACAUUCAAACUGUUUGAUGCAGCAAAGCACUCAAUUGACCAGGAUAUCUGCUCCAAGAUGGAUGAGCUUAAGAAUGAGAUGGUUCUGAUGGCCCGAGCCAAGCUUGCUCCAAACCCAUGA